ACUUGCUAAGGAGCUCUUAGAAUUACUUCCACCUAUUUGCACCAAUUACCACCACAGCCAUGUCCAUGGCCACCAAGUACUUCAAGCUUUGCUACCGGUACUUGUUCAAUAAUCUCCUAGCUAUUCUACUCGUGCCCGGUCUAAUAACCAUCCUCAUCGAGGUACUUUAUCUUGCUCCUGUGGAUUUCCAAAAGCUUUCGGCUUCAUUCCAGGCCUUUGAUGCCUUCUAUCUCCUCUUCUUCUCUCUUGCCUUGAUCGUCUUGGCCACCAUAUACUUCACGUCAAGGCCCCGUACAAUAUAUCUCGUAGACUUCGCAUGCUACAAGCCACCGACUUCAUGCCGGUUCCCCAUCUCCAAGUUCAUGAAUCACUCCAAGCAGAUCGAGGACUUCGAGCCCUCGAGCAUCGAGUUCCAACGCAAGAUCCUCGAGCGUUCGGGUCUCGGCGAGGAUACCUCCCUCCCCCCGGCCCACCAUGCCAUCCCCUUCACCCCCACCAUGGCGAAGUCCAGGGAGGAGUCCGAGCUGGUCAUCUUCUCCAUCGUGGAUUCGCUCUUCCAGAAGACCAAGGUCAAGCCCAGAGAUAUCGAUAUACUCGUCGUUAACUGCAGUCUCUUCGCUCCCACCCCCUCCCUCUCGGCGAUGAUCGUGAACAAGUACAAGAUGCGCAGCAACAUCCGGAGCUACAACCUCUCCGGCAUGGGCUGCAGCGCCGGGAUCAUCUCCAUCGAUCUCGCGCGCGACGAGCUCCUGGUGCACGCCAACUCCUACGCCCUGGUGGUGACGACGGAGAUCAUCACCGAGCACUGGUACACCGGGAACCGGCGGUCGAUGCUGCUGGCCAACUGCCUCUUCCGCAUGGGCGGCGCGGCGGUGCUGCUCUCCAACAAGCGCCGGGAGGCAACGCGGGCGAAGUAUGAGCUCCUCCACGUGGUGCGCACGCACAAAGGGGCGGACGAUAGGGCGUACCGCUGCGUCUACCAGGAGGAGGACGGGGAGAAGAAGAUUGGGGUGUCGCUGUCCAGGGAUCUAACGGAGAUCGCUGGCGGCGCGUUGAAGGCCAACAUCACGACCAUCGGACCACUCGUGCUGCCGCUCUCCGAACAGGUUCUCUUCUUUGUUAACAAGGUCGGGAGGCGGUUCGCCAACCCGAAGUGGCGGCCGUACGUGCCGGACUUCACGAAGGCGUUCGAGCACUUCUGCAUACAUGCAGGGGGGAGGGCGGUGAUCGAGGAGUUGGGGACGAAGCUGAGGCUUAGCGAGGAGCAGACGGAGGCGUCGAGGAUGACGUUGCACCGGUUCGGGAACACGUCGUCGAGCUCGCCCUGGUACGAGCUGGGGUACGUGGAGGCGAAGGGGAGGAUGAGGAAGGGGGACAGGGUGUGGCAGAUCGGGCUGGGGAGUGGGUUCAAGUGCAACAGCGCCGUUUGGCGGUGCCGCCGGUCGGUGGGUAGGGAGGAGGAGGGGGUGUGGGCCGACUGCAUCGACGAAUACCCGGUGCAUGCAGGUGGCGGAGAGGGACCAUACCUAGAUUAAUUUACCUUUGCCUACCCUUCCUUCCAGAGGGUUUUGGAUUAGGUUUCAUCAUCGGGUGGAUGCAGGUGUGGUUGGUGAAUGGUGAAGAUUGCGUCCAAUAAAUAGUGGAAGUUAUGCAUGCAUGGUAGUAUAUCCUACUGCAUGUGUUUUAAUUUACUACGUUAAUGGUUUAAGUAGUUUAGUUCAUACAGGUUCUAAAACGAAUUCACGUCUGCUCGUAAAAAAGGAAUUACAAAGGGAGUAUGUGAUCACUUCUCUACCAUAUGAUUAAUGAUCAAUUUGUAUGCCAUUCAAAAACAUAGAAUGAUCGAUUUGUAUGAAAUAUGUUUUUCCAAUUUAAUAUAAUGUGCUUUUAUUUUGUC